AAGUAGCGAUGACCAUAAUCCUGUUCAGCACAUUGUGAAGUGGUCAGGGUGAGAAGGAGAGUCAGACCAAGUCAGGAAGAAGCCAACAGGUGGUUUCCUCCAAGUCAGAUGAGAGAGGUAGUACACACAAAACAAGAACAAUAACAAUAUCAUCACUUCGCCAUAGUGUUUCUUUGCAGCAUGGGGAAUUCUAAGAGUGGGGCACUGUCCAAGGAACUUCUGGAGGACCUGAAGUCCAAUACUAAGUACAACGAGGCUGAGCUGUGUGUCUGGUACCAGUCCUUCCUCAAGGAAUGCCCCACAGGCAGGAUCACCAAGGAGCAAUUUGAGGGCAUCUAUGCCAGCUUCUUCCCUAAUGCAGACCCUACUGAGUACGCAAGGCAUGUCUUUAGGAGCUUUGAUACCAACGCAGAUGGUCAACUGGACUUUAAGGAGUACAUUGUGGCCCUGCACCUUACCUCCGGAGGUAAGACCCUGCAGAAGCUAGAGUGGGCCUUCGCCCUCUACGACGUGGAUGGAAACGGAACCAUCAGCAAAAAUGAGAUCCAAGAGAUUGUUAAGUCAAUAUUUAACAUGAUCCCCGAGGAAGACCAAAAGGACCUGCCUGAAGAUGAGAACACACCUGAUAAGAGAGCAGACAAAGUCUGGGACUUUUUUGGAAAGAAAGAAGAUGACAAGAUUGCAGAGAGGGAAUUCAUUCAAGGAGUGAUGGACAACAAGGACAUUCUACGGUUGAUUCAGUAUGAUGAGCCCCAGAAAAUCAAGGACAAACUGAAGGAGAAGAAACAAUAGCUUUCCGACAAAAUCAUUCUUUUGAAUUCUAUAAGACUGUUCAAAGCUUAACUGUUUACAAACCCAACUCUCCUGCCAGACCUGGGCUCUUUGUGCGCUAGACAACAUUGGCUUACACAUUGAAGUACCGCACAUUGUGGUGGAUGACCUGUUUGUCUAUGAGACACCUGGACUUUUCUUCCCACUCAAAUAACUGUUCCGUGCUCUAGAAUUAUGGGUAUUAUUUUCUAUUUCGUAAUGAAUGAAUGGUUUCCAGGAUUCUGUUGCCUGCUGCUGUGUUCACUUGCAUUCAUUCGUUUAAUAAAGAGAAAGCCACCAGGAAAGGACCCACUGGGCACACACUGGUUGAAUCAAUGUUGUUUCUAUGAUAUUUAAAUGAAAUUAGGUCGAACCAACAUAGACUUGACAUCUGUGCCCAGUGGGGAGCUCCUUGUGAAGGGACUUAGGCUGAAGUUAACAAUCCCUGUCUUACUAUCAAUCCUAUUAGUAUGUGAAGGUCAGUUUAGAAACAUCCUGGCAGAGGUUUGUUAUGAAGGUAAUCAUGUCUAUAGAAUGUGUCUUAUAAUGUUCUUAGCAGGACUGAAACCUCAUACAAUGUACAGUAUUCAACUGGUAGAACAAAGGAAAAGGAGUCUUUUUUUCUUGAAUAUUGUUGACAUUUUGUUGAUGCUGCCAGAGACUGCUGGAAACUAUGUAAUAAAAAACGCUGUGAAAAAUGACA